AUGGUGGAGCUCAUUCUCAAGGUGACGCUUGGGAUGCUUUGGGCUCAUGCUAUGGAAGAUGCCUUGCUUGCGGAUGACGUGUGUGCUGGCCCUGGCUGUGCACUGACCCUUCUGCAAAGCCAGACGAGGGCCAAGAGUGAGACCGACUCGAAUGUCACGGGAGGUUGGCAGGGUGCCCGCGAGACGAGCAACAUCUGCAUGUGGUCAAACUGUGAUUUCAGCUUGGGACCGACGGAAUGCUACCACUUUCGCUGCAUCUGCGUGGCGGAUCAUGUGUGGAACCCUCGAUUGAAACAGUGUGUGCACCGCUAUACGCCAGCAGGAGCAGAAGUCAUUUCUCCGCAAGAUACGGGUGCGACAUGCUUCUUCAAGGAUUGCGAUCAGAAGUUCACCACGUGCUCAGAUGACAGCAAGUGUCUUUGCAUCCCUGGCUUCGUGUACAUGGCUGGUCGAGGCGGAUAUGGUGGAUGUCAGCGGAACCCGGCCCUAUUCCCACCGAACAUCCAGUGGUCGGUUGCGGACGACAGCCAUCGAUGGGAACAAGCACAUCCUCCUCCUCGCCCUCAGCCGCAGCCCGAUGUGCAGCCCCACAAUGUGGCCCCGACACCUCCGCCUCCGCCGCCUGCCCCCAAACCGUCCGGUGAAGCAUCUUGCGGGGCACACAGCAAAUGCUCAGGUUUGGCAGGCAACUGCUGUCCCAAUGACUUGGGCUUGAGCCUCUCUUGCUGCAUGUGA